UGGGAGGAGGGCUAGGGUUCGUACGCAGGAUGGCGGCGGAGGGCGAGAAGAAGAUGAUAACUCUGAAGAGCUCCGACGGCGAGGAGUUCGAGGUGGAGGAGGCGGUCGCCAUGGAGUCGCAGACCAUCCGCCACAUGAUCGAGGACGACUGCGCCGACAACGGCAUCCCACUCCCCAACGUCAACUCCAAGAUCCUCUCCAAGGUUAUCGAGUACUGCAACAAGCACGUCCACGCCUCCAACUCCACCUCCACCUCCGACGACGCCCCCGCCCCCGCCGCCAACUCCACCUCCGCCGACGACCUCAAGAACUGGGACGCCGAUUUCGUCAAGGUCGAUCAGGCCACCCUCUUCGACCUCAUCCUGGCUGCAAACUACCUCAACAUAAAGGGAUUGCUGGAUCUGACUUGCCAGACUGUUGCUGACAUGAUCAAGGGCAAGACUCCAGAGGAGAUUCGCAAGACCUUCAACAUAAAGAACGACUUCACCCCUGAGGAGGAGGAGGAGAUCCGCAGGGAGAAUCAGUGGGCGUUUGAGUAGGGUAGAUUGCUGGUGCAUCUUCUAUAAGCGGCUCGGUUGCAAUGGUUGUAAUUAAGAACCGAACCAAUCCCGUUUGUUAUGCGCAGCAGCGUGACCAGACCAAGAGUCUUGAAAAAUUCCUAUGCAGUUUUCACAUUUUCUCUGAAUUCAACGAUAAUUUUUUUUUUGAAUUAUCAUGUACGAUAUAUCGAAUUUUCUGUGACGUUAUAUUGAAAUUAAGGAAUCGUUGUCUAAA